GUGAUGCAACUAGGAAGAGUCAAAGCACUUGCUUGAGCGGAAAGCGUGGGAAUGGACUUCCUAAACUAAUUUAGCGCUCAUGCCAAUUUGCCUGUGCCAGAACCGCGACUGUCAUUCGCAUUGCGCAGACGUCGAAACUAUGCUCAAGCCACGGACGUCCUUCCCAUUGCGCGCCGUGCGCGGCUACGUGACGCGUAUUCCUGGAAAGCCCCAGUCUCGCGUACCCGACCCGCUCAGUGCUUCCAGCGCCGAAGUCACCGCCCUCGAAGACAACCUCACGUUCGUGCACCGACCACCACCCAGCGCACCCACACCUUUCUCCACCACCCUCGCACCCGCCUCCCCUCUCCUCCGCCCUGCAUCGGCAGACAGCAACGCAGCCGUCCCGCCGCUCCUCCGCCCAUCCGCAUACGCGCCUGCGCCCGAGCGCCUCUCGGACGAGGCCAUUCAGCGUAUCCGCGAGCUCCGCGCCGAGGACCCAGAGAAGUGGUCGUGCAACAAGCUAGCGGCGCUGUUCGGGUGCAAGCCCUACCUCGUGAGCAAGGUCGCUGCCCUGCCGAAGAAGCAGCGACGCGAGAAGCGGAAGGAGGUGGAGCGCGAGCACGAGCAGGAGCGUGCGACCUGGGGCGACCGUAAGAGCGUGCAGCGGGAGAUCAGGAAGAAGAGGCGCGACUUCUGGUAGACCACUGGGGUUCUCCGUCUACUCGGUCUGGGGUCUGGCGGGGCGAGAAGUCUAUUGGGGACACGGUGUUCCGUCCCAGACUUUUGGAAAAACUCCUACCCACACUCUCAACAAUACACUGCAUCAUGCAUGCGCAAACUUAGAAAUUGCUGACGCCGGCACGCGAAUUUGUAGUUGGUCCCUGGCACCCUAGCACUAAUCUUGUUGAAUAUUCACAUCUUCCCUAUGAUACUUCCG